AUGGAGAAUCAUUGUUUCGUUGUCGGUCAGGAGUUUCCUGAUGUAAAGGCAUUCCGCAGUGCAAUUAAAGAAGCUGCAAUUGCACAACACUUUGAGCUUCGCAUUGUUAAAAGCGAUCUGAUCCGGUAUAUUGCAAAAUGUGCAGCAGAAGGUUGUCCAUGGCAUAUACGAGCCGUGAAGCUUCCUAAUGCCCCAACUUUCACUAUAAGAAGCCUUGAAGGAACACAUACCUGUGGGAAAAAUGCUCAUAAUGGGCAUCAUCAGGCUUCUGUGGACUGGAUUGUUAAUUUCAUAGAGGAACGGCUGCGUGAUAACAUAAACUACAAGCCAAAAGAUAUUUUGCAUGACAUAUAUAAACAAUAUGGGAUAACUAUACCAUACAAGCAGGCAUGGCGAGCCAAGGAACGGGGGCUUCAAGCUAUAUAUGGCUCUUCCGAAGAAGGAUACUGCCUCCUCCCUGCAUACUGUGAACAAAUUAAAAAGACCAACCCCGGAAGCAUUGCUGAGGUGUUUACUGCAGCUGCUGAUAAUCGGUUUCAGCGCCUCUUUGUUUCCUUUUAUGCUUCUAUAUAUGGGUUUCUAAACGGAUGCUUGCCAAUUGUUAGUAUUGGUGGAAUUCAGCUUAAAAGCAAAUACCUUGGUACAUUACUUUCAGCCACUUCUUUUGAUGCUGAUGGUGGAUUGUUUCCUCUUGCCUUUGGUGUUGUUGACGUUGAAAAUGAUGAAAGCUGGAUGUGGUUCUUGUCAGAGUUGCACAAGGCACUUGAAAUGAAUACAGAGAUGAUACCACGGCUUACAUUUUUAUCGAAUGGACAAAAGUGUCUCAUGGAUGCUGUAAAAAGGAAAUUCCCUUACUCUUUUCAUGCAGUUUGUAUGAGGCACUUGAGUGAUUGCAUUGGUAAAGAGUUCAAGAAUCCAAGGCUUAUCCAACUCCUAUGGAAAGCUGCGUAUGCCACUUCUACAAUUAAGUUCAAAGAAAACAUAGCUGAAAUUGAGGAAGUUUCUUCAGAAGCAGCUAAUUGGCUUCGACAAUAUCCAUCUUCUCAUUGGGCAUUGAUAUAUUUUGAAGGAACACGAUAUGGUCACCUCUGUUCAAAUAUUGACGAGUUUAACCAAUGGAUUCUUGAAGCACAGGAGUUGCCCAUAAUUCAGGUGAUUGAGCGGAUACAGAUUAAAUUAAUGACAGUAUUUGAGGAAAGGCGUGCAAAGU